GCAGGUAGGCGGGCGGCACGCCGCAGGGCGGACUGGGAUUUGUAGUCCGCCUGCGAAAGACUUGCCCGAUGCCGUGAUGCCGGAAGACAGAAAGCAAGAAUGGCCUCACUGCUCCCCAGGAGAGGUUCUGUCCCACGGGCAGGAGAGGACCGUGUCGCUCCUCUGCCAGACCGGCCGCGGGCCUCGGGCUGAGAGUGACCGGCACUGCUGCCCCCGGUAUCGGCUCGGUGGGCCUUCCGCGGCCCGGAGGAACACGAUGGGCCGCGCCGGUUCCCGCCCGGAGCGGUAGCGCUAAGCACCGGGCACCGUCGGAGCGUUUAUGGGAGCACCGGAAGCCGCCGCAGCUGGCGGGUCCGGGGCGGCCGCAGCGCCCGGUGAGUCCUGCCCGGUCCCCGGUGGGCAGAGCGGCCCCUCCUGCUCUGGACUAUACGGAUAUUCUCCGCUCCCUUCGCCCUCCGGCAGGGCAGUUUGGCUGCGGGAGCUGCCCUUCUCUCCCGGCGCAGCAGGACCGGGAACUGCGGAGUCAAAUCCGGGGCGAGCCGCCCACGUUCCCCCGGGCAUUGAGAAAACAAAUAUGUUUUCUGUCAUACAACGAUGCUGCUUCAACACACCUUUCAAACUGCGGAGGCUACCUGGUGCCAGUCUGCUGCUCCAUGGGAGGAAUAAGACAGCCUGCUCUUCCUUGGCUCUGCUCCAGCUGCAGGGAGAUGCACGUCCUCUCUCGACAUCUCUGAGCCUCAAACCACCAUCAAUCUACACAACCCAGCUCCGGGCUUUCCACACCUCUCUGCCCGUCUCCACGAAGAAAACCCCUGCAGAAUCUGAGGCACAAUCACAAGAAAGCCUGGGAUCACUGAAGGAUUGUCCCAAGCCAGCCCUUUACUUAAGCCUGGGGGGGCUGAUUCCCUUUGUGGCCGUGCCGCUGGCCAUGGCUGCGCAGGGCACCUACUGCCCGGAGCUGGCCUGGGCUCAGGUGGCCUAUGGUGCUGCCACAGCCUCCUUCCUGGGGGGAAUGAGGUGGGGGUUUGCUCUCCCAGAAAACAGCCCAGCCAAGCCAGACUGGCUGAACCUGGCUAACGGCACAGUUCCUGCUCUGCUGGCCUGCCAGGCCUUGCUUUUCAAAGAUGUCAGUCAGGGAGCACUAAUGCUCACGGUGGCCUUGGGGAUAGCGCUGCAUUAUGACAUUUCCCUUCUUCCUACUUACCCCAGGUGGUUCAAAGUACUGAGGGUAGUGGGAACAGCGGUGAUGAUAUCAUCCCUCUUGGCCACUGUAGCACUGAAAGCUUUCUUAGAAAGGGAGCAAAGUGAUGGCAAAAAUACAGCAGAACAUAAAGUAAUAAAUCCGUAAGGACAAGCUAUUAUCUGCUAAUAAGGUAUUUGUAUGGAGUUCCAGGAGAGAUAAAGACUGAUUUGUGCUUAGAAGUCGUAUGAUGGCAGGGAUCAAGAUGCUUAUUCUUGAAGCAAAAUGAUUUUCCAACUGAUUUUGAAGCUAGUUCAGGAGGGAAGUACUGUAAAUAGCAAUUACUUCCAAGGCAAGCAUGAGUCUGUCCUUAUCUGUAGAACAAAGAAUCACUCCUGAAUGAGAUGUUGCUGCUAUGGGAAUUUAGAAUGGAGAUUCAAAAUGACAUGGGUAUGAAUUACUCUGUGCUGAACUAUGAAAGCAUCUGCUUUGACUGUAAUGUGUGAUCAUGUUCUGAGGUGGGGAAAACAACAGUAACAAGGUGAAAGCAGUUCUAGUUUGGUGUUUAAAUAAGUAGCAGAGAAUUAUGCAGAAGCACUUCUACUCAGUUGCUGUGUUGUGGAGGAACAAGACUCCUAUUCACUCCUAUUUUCAGAGGAGGUGCUGAAAAUCACAGAAUGGUUUUGGUCAGAAGGGCCUUAAAAGAUUGUCUCAUUCCCAUCCCCUGCUGUACACAGGGACACCUUCCAGGAGAUCAGGUUGCUCAAAGCCCCAUCCAGCCUGGACACUUCCAGGGGUGCUGUGUGGGAAGUCUCAGUGUGAUGUCAGGUAAGAAAGGACAGGUGAGGUUUAUUUGCAAGCCAAGGUCAGCACUCACCUGAAAUGUGUCAUUCAGCUGCUGUGCUGGAGUGGGGAGAAGCUGAAGAGGAAGCUUUGUAUGGCUGACAAGGUGCCACAGGAGAUGGAAGGUCAAAUUCCUGCUCAGGCUUACUGAAAUUAAAAAGGCUAUUUGGGCCACCUGUUCCUAGGUUUUGUUUGGAUAGGGCUGCCUGGCAAAGGAAACUGUGUCCAACACAGCCAUAAAGAUCUGCCAUACUCCUAAAUUAAAGGACUGUUAACUUAUGCUAUGACACAAGGACUCAAGUGCUGGCACUAAGGGAUCAGAUGAUGGGACUGAAAGCAGCUUCUGUGUUCUCCCUCCUAAGAAUCCAUACAAUUGGACAGGUACCAAUGGGCUUGUAGGUAGCCUGCAAACCCUCUAUGAUGGGUCUGCCAGAAGCAUAUGCUCUCUGUACUUGAUUCUUCCUAGCACAUCAUUUAGUGGAAGAUACAACCUAAGUCACAUGGAUUUUCUUUUUUAUGUCAGCUACCUCAAGAAACUAUGAACGGGAUGUGGGCAUAUUUCUUGUAAGCUUUUUAUCAGAAGUAUUUAAGUACAGUGUAAGAUGCAGGAAGAAAGCUGAAAAUGACAUCCACAUGUGGUCUUAGGGCCAGAUAAUCCUCAGUUCUGUUAAAGGACUAUUCUUCAUUGUUGUUCUACACCAAAUAAAGCACAUGUUGUCCCUUAAAAUUUGUUACCUGUUCUGCAAAGAACAGAUGCUUAAGGAACCCGCCUGUCCUGGAGAUGAAACCAUUUUGUAUGAUGUUUCUGAAACAGCAGCUCUGUACAUCAGCCUCUCUCUUUUGCAAUCUGUUAGCAUUUUUAUGUUAAAAGCAAUUAAGGGUAUCAAUUUUAAGCAAUUAUGGGUAUCAAUUGCUCUAUGCUGAACUAUGAAAGUACCCUAUGAAACAAUAUAUUUCAGAGCUUUCUGAACAUAAAGGAAAUAAAAUUGAAUUUGUGGAUGAAAAUGGUUUUUCCAUUCCUUCAUACUUAGACAUGGCAUCUUUUAAGAUAGGUCUAGAGAAGAGUCCUGCCUUUGUCUUGAUUAGUUAAAAGAGGUGCUGAGGAUCAGAGACCAGCUUCAAAGUUUUAUUCAAACAUGACAGUUACAAAACCUGGAGAAGGUAACUUCAGACAACUGCAGAUUCCCUCAAGCUCCAUUAAACCAGGAAGUUUACAGGUAGGGAUCAGAGGUAAACCUGUAGUUCCCAAACUAAUAAAAUACAGCUAAGGUGGUGUUUCUCAAACAGUUCCAAGAGGGAUCCUGAAAUACAAAGAAGAAAGACUAAGAAAUAUUACCGGUAAUUUCAUCCCACAGAGGGCUGAGCAGAGCUGGCAAGACAGUCAGACUCCCAAAAAGUCUGAGUGAUUUUACACUGAGAGGAGAAAUACACGUGUAUUUUACUGCAGAAGCAUGUUACUUCCACCACUCAGUCAAAAUUUAUAACCAGUCUUUCCCCAGUGUUCUACUGGUAAAUACGACUUCCAAUAAAAAGAAAAUGUGACCUAUUAUAUGAAAGUGGCAGUAAUACAGCUUACUAAGUUAUGAAAGCAACCUAUUCAAGAGCAUUUCAGUCAGUUCUGAAAAUACAUUUUAUUAUGAAAAACAGUUCAAACAAGCUUAUAUUUGAAAAAAAAUCAAACCAUUAAUUCAGACACAUAAGAAAUACUUUGAAGUAAAAGAUUAUGGAACAAUCAGAGAGACUCUCCAUCAUCUAAUAUGUUUUAGCCCAACUCUAUGUUAGAUUUUAGGACGUCAAUUAUUAAGGUACCUCACCGUGGAGGACUUAGCAUGUAAUAAUUUGUUAAUUUUACACAGGGGAUAUUGAUCUAAACAGCAUGAAUGCUCCUUUGUCUACACAGUGCCAGGCUUCCUGUUUUGUGACAUUCCAGUUGUGCUUUGGUGAUCCAGAAUAACACUGUCUAUCAAAAUUCAAGCAGCCUCACUUCAGACUCCAUCCAAAUCAUCCACAGCUGUGCUGAAAAUGCAGCCACAGUGUGAAAAAAGCAACUUCAAAUACGUUAAUUAAAUGAAUCUAGAAAUAACUCCAAACUCUUUGUACUAUUGUUUUACUAAGUGUGUCCGAGCUAAAUACAAACUCCUCAAGAGCACACUGGUAUCAUUACUUCAAUACUAAAUGCAGCUAAUUCUAUCACAGAAAGCUCCAUUGGCUCAAAUUUGGAUGAGGCAGGAUACAAGAUGUAGUGAAGGUGAAGGAGUGUGUCUUGUAGAACAGCAAGUAUUCAAUGCCAAGUCUCAGCAUGUGUGACACAGGGUAAAAACACAUUUGACUAUGGGGAAAAAAAUCUGGGGCCAAAAGCCUUUCCCUGUGUUUUUAUACUAAGAGCAGUGCUAAACAGAACAGCCAAUCUAAUGAAUAGCAUUUGCAUUUAAAAUUCACCAGAGCUGACACAAAAAGGAGCUCUACUGGCAUCACUGACACCACUGAGAAGAAAAGCCAGCACUGAAGGAGAAUGGCAUUAUUAGAACUGUGAGGACAAUCUUCCAUAACAGGAAAUUCUCAUCCACUCACCAUUCAAAUUUGUGGAGUGGCCAGAAAGUAAAGAUCCAA